GGAGCUGUGGCUCGCUGCAGCCUCUCUGGAGCAGAAGAGAGAGAUCCCUCUUUUUCUCCUUCAGUGGCAUGAAUAAUAUCCCCAGUGCUGGAGAGAGAGCAUAUCAAGAGGCAAACGGGAAGGGGAGAGAGAUAGCAGCCAGUGUGACAGAUAAGAGCGUGGCACAACUUGUCUCCCUGACUGCACCGUGGGCCGGGGAACGAGAGAGCAAGUGCACCAGAGUGUCAGGCAAGGCUGCUGCCUGCACACACACCACACACACACACACACACAAAAACACUCUCACACACAAACCCCUCAGCACGGCUACACCAGAAGAAGUUCAGAGAGAAGACUGACCUCAAGAAGGUGGAAGUUUGGUCUGUGGAUUAACUCGAAUGUUAUGGCUUUCCUCAAACUAAGACUUCUUGUCCUGUAGAGGAGUUGUGUGUUUCCCCCCCUAGAAGAACUUGUCUCGUGUUUACAGCCUGAGGGAGGAUGGAGAAGCUUUCAGGGAAAGACAAGGAGCUGAUACGAGGCAGCUGGGAGAGCCUGGGCAAGAACAAAGUUCCUCAUGGUGUCAUCAUGUUUUCCAGACUGUUUGAGCUGGACCCUGCGCUACUCAGUCUUUUCCACUACAGUCCAAACUGUGGCUCCACACAAGACUGCCUCUCCAGCCCCGAGUUCCUGGAACAUGUCACCAAGGUAAUGCUUGUGAUCGAUGCAGCAGUCAGCCACCUGGAUGACCUUCACUCCUUAGAGGACUUUCUGCUCAACCUCGGGAGGAAGCAUCAGGCAGUUGGAGUCAACACCCAGUCAUUUGCUAUGGUGGGUGAGUCCCUUCUCUACAUGCUGCAGUGCAGUCUGGGCCAGGCCUACACGGCGCCGCUGCGUCAAGCCUGGCUCAACAUGUACAGCAUCGUGGUAGCAGCCAUGAGCCGAGGGUGGGCCAAGAACGGUGAGGACAAAGCUGACUGAGGCGCACAGCGGGAGCUGCUGAGCAGAUGCUGUCAAAUCACUCAACGUGGUUGCCAUGGAAUUCUGUACAUUUGCUCUGUGAGUGAGGUCGCAUAGCGUAGCAAAUGUAUGGUGUGGUUACACUUUACAAUUGGACCGACCAAUCGCAGAGUUUGUUUUCUUUGCUGUGGAUGUUUAGCUACCAGGCAAUGCUGCUGUACAGCUGUGAGGAUCGGAGCCAGCCUGCUUAAAUUCAUCUGAGCGCCUGACACUGAGAAAAAGCAACAACUGUUGAGUCUCUUUGUAUAUAACGGCUUUGAUAUAUCUACUCAAAUGAUAACAGUGACUGUAGUGGUCUUUGUGGUGUAUCUUAAAAGAGUUGCACAAUUGUGAAACACUAGAUAUUAUAUUUAGGCAUCACACACUACUCAAACUGUGAUGGUUACUGUGGCCAGCAUGGGCAGCUCUUUAUCUAACUGGACACACAGUGAUACUUUACAAAACAUGUUAAAAGUUUUGGGACAAAGCAAUGUGAUUUUACAAAAGGAAAUCCUAUCACCUUAAUCAUUACUGUGUUUCCUGUCGAUAUUAUCAUUACACCUCUUUUUGUAUAUGACUUUGUUAUCUAACAUUUAACCUACUGAUGAUAAGCAAAACAACUGUUAAAAAAAUACACUCAGUAGAUACUGACAAGAACUGUUAUACUCUCUGAUAGCUUUCUCCAGAGAUCUGUGACUGUUAAGGCGUCCAUGUGCACCUUACUCGACAUUGUGUGUGAUGCUCUCCUCAGUAGAGGUUGUGAGUAUUUCAAUAGGCUUCAGCUGACUGUUAAACUCUAAACUAAUAGACUGUUAUGUGACCUUAUUAAAGUUUGAAAGUUAAAGGACAUCUUGGAGGAAUUUUAACAUCUUUAUUCCUUGGCUAUCAAGGAAUAAUAUUUCCAGUCAUUGUUAGUGUAAAGUAGUUUUGUUGUACUGUAGUCGCUUAUCUCAGUAAUGCUUAUUAACUGUGUUGUUGUGGCUACAAACGUAGUAUUACCUCAUCUUUAGAGGUGAAGAUAAGCACAGUGGCCUGUGUUUCUCCAGCACAGAGCUUCUACAUGGAAGUGAAUAUUUGUAUGGGUUAUGAAACAACAACUUUAUUGAUUUCCUUUUUAAUUUAUCAACACGAAACAAAUAAUACAGACAUACUGUGUGCUGAGACCGUCCAAUAUAUGUGUGUUGUUAUUAUUGCUGCCAUAACGCUGUAUGUAUCAUCCUCGGCUGUUAUUUACAUUCAUGGUCAUAUAAUGCCAAGUAACUUAGCAACAGUGCGCCAAGUAUUAGAUAAUAACACCAUACAACUGUAAAUCCAAGCUGCUGAUGUGGUUAUUAUCGCUUUAGCCUGAGUUUACAUUUCUAAAGUUUAUUUUUAUAUUCUGAAAUGUAUGUGUAGUUAAAGAGCAUAGAUUUUUUCUUUUUCCAAAUGUGAUGUACUGUACAGUAUACCCUUCAUUUAAUCAAAGAAAUAGAAAUAUUAUUAACUUCUAAAUGUGCAAUCCUUACAGAAAAUUAUAAAAGCAGAGUUUUCUAUUGAACUAUUUUAUCGCUGUAUAGUAUGUUCAGUCUGUAUUUUCCAGCUCACAGGUGUAUUGUUUCUUAACUGACUGUGUAGGUGGUGUAUUUGUAGUGAUUCUUUUCUUAGUAUCAGUACACAGCCCUAUGCAGGUUGUUGUUUUCCAUGUCCCUGUUUUACCUAACAUUAGGUCUUUUUAGCCGGCAUGACUGACAACUGGCAUGUUAUACGGUUACUGUAACAUCCAGCUCUGUACAUAUUGGGUGUGUGUCACUGUCUACCUCAUCAUUAUCAGCUGCUACUUAACAGCGAUGACUUCACCUAGUUAUCCUUCAACCAAAAACGCACAUUAUUAUCAUUAUUAUUAUUAUUAUUAUUAUUAUUGGAGUUAAUGCAAGUACGCACUCUUUGUAAACUGGACUCCAUCCUACACUUUCAAAAGACAAAAAAAUGUUGUGUGCUUACUUGAGAUUAAAUAAAGUGAUCUUCUGUGGAUAUUUUACUGCUAAACGAGGUCAGUGUGUUUUCCUCUCGCUCGCAGAUUGUUUGUCACAGACUGAUGAUGGUUACGACACAAUGGUCUGCGUUUGAAAUCAAUCACACGAUGCUUGAUUUCCUUCCCACUGACAGCCCAUCCCCAAGUGUUACAUAAGAUCCAAGCGCUGAAUGGCUCAUCGCUCUUGGCUACAGAGAUGAGGGCGACUUCAGGCACAUCAGCCCACUUACU